CGCAGUUCGAUAGCCCCAAUUUCAAGGUUUUGUCGACAUAAAGCCUGGGCCAUAACUCUUAUCCAUUCUACUAAAAAAUUCUCAUUGAAAAUGCCAGCCUUCUCUGUAUGUACCAAAGGGCCCAAUCUACUGUCUAGCAGCCUUCAUCCAUGAAAGCCCAUGUUAAACAUGCCUCACUGUAACAACGUCAUCUUUUCUCUUGGACUUAUGAAUGACAAAUUACUGCAGCGAUUGAUCCGUUUCCUGUCCAAGGAUGGCCACAUUUACUACGGAGAUGCCAUCAUCCCAGCUGGUACCAGCGACAUCACCAAAGCAACCAGGGCAAAAGUGAUCAAAGGUGAUAUCUUUGGUCAGCACCACGUCACCGAACAGGUCGCUGAAGUGAAACUCCUCCUAGCGCCUCUGUCAAGAGAGGAUAUUGGAACAGUACGGUGUCUGGGACUGAACUAUGCACAGCACGCCAAAGAGUCCAAUCUCCCAGAACCCAAAUAUCCAGUGCUCUUCUAUAAGCCGGUUUCUUCGAUUACCGGGCCAACCGAUGAUAUCCCUAUUCCACUGCUUGCUCAGGAAGGUGAAGGCUUGGAUUACGAAUGUGAACUGGUUGUGGUGAUCGGGAAGGAAGCCAAGGAUAUCUCAGAGGACCACGCUUUGGACUACGUGCUUGGUUACGCAGUUGGUGAUGAUGUCUCCCAUCGGGACUGGCAAUUAAAACGUGGCGGAGGACAAUGGGGAUUGGGUAAAAGCUUUGAUGGCUGGGCACCAUUUGGUCCGGGAAUUGUGUCGUCAGAUUUGAUCCGUGAUCCAAAUUCGCUGCAUCUUUCGACAAAACUGAAUGGAAAGACCGUUCAAUCUUCCUCGACCAGGGACAUGAUUUUUGGUGUUGCGAAGACCAUAUCAUUUUUAUCUAAAGGCACCACGCUUUUCCCUGGUGACUUGAUAUUCACUGGGACUCCCCAGGGAGUCGGUAUGGGUCGAAUGCCUCCACUUUGGCUGAAGGACGGUGAUCAGGUUGAGGUGUCUCUUGAGGGUGUAGGGUCCUGUGUUAAUAAAGUUGUCUUUGAAAAGCUGUCUUCGAAACUCUAAAGACACCUGAAUACUAGUGGAGACUACCUGUUCUGUUUACGAAGAGGGUCACUUCUGUUUUGUAGACCUUAGCUAGCAAUGACAGAUGUCUCUAUUG